AAAGUGUGUUUCCCUCCAUUCUAAGUUCCAUUCCGACUAGCGAACGACAUCGUUCAGUUGCUCAUUUCUUCUUUAGUAGCAAAAUGCGUUCCCGCGUCACAUAUAUUAAUCGACCUGACUAUAGUCACUCCAAGAAUGUGUUGGGAAGUUGAGAACCUCAAAACUUGAAGCAAUUAGGUUUCUUGAGCCGAUGAAUAGCGAUAAUUGUGGUGCCGACCAAGGUCAGAUGACUCCGGUUUCUCCUCCGGGUGAUGUUGACGGCGGAGGAGAGUUAUCGCCGGUCGCAGAUGUUGAUUCUCCGGCGGCUAUGGACGCCACUGAUUGGAGAACUAACUGUCCAUCCGAUUUUCCGCUGAUGAUUAAAGAAGAGAUGUACUGAUUCCUGCUUAAUUCUCUCGCUCUUUUUUAUUGUGAUGUAAGAUAUAUAAUUGUUCUUUUCAAUUACUUUUCCAGACGAGGUGAGGAUGUGAAAAUUUUUAGGGUUUAUUUUGUUUUUGUUAUCGUUGAUUACUGGCAGACUUUGGAUGCUUUUUGUUUCUUUUGUUUCCCAUGAAAAAAUACUAUUUCGAAGUUAUGCUUGAUAUGUUUUUUAGUGCUGAAUUGCAAGGAAAAUGAGUUUUUUUUUUUUUUUUUUGUGUGUGUGUGUUGUUUUAUUUUCUUUUUCGCCGAGCCUGAUUAUGAAAUUAUUUGUAUUAGAUGCUUUAUCGCUGAUGUGCAAGGAAGAUGAUACGUGCUUGCUACUUUGUUAAUUUUUUAAUCAAACCUGACUCUGAAGAGUUCUUGCUGUUUUAGUUCUUCAGCAUUUUUGUUAAAAGAAGCAGCCAAGCUGAGACUUAUUCAGAAUUUGGGAUGAUAAAUGUGCUUGAAAGCAUUUUCUCAAUUGUUGUGUUGUUGUUCUUAUGCGUGAAUGUUAGCUAUCUUCGAGCUUCCACAUAACUCCAAAUCGAGUGAGGCACAAAUUCCUUAGUUUAGAUUUUCUGCUUUGGUUAAAUAGAAGAUGCCACUUUUUGGUAUGAAAUGUUUCCUUCCAUAUGUCAGUUUGAUCAAUCUUUUCACUUUUUUCACAAGCUUUUCCCGUGUGAUGUAGUAUAUCAAUAAAAACUUCAGAUGCAGAGUAAUUUUUGCUGGUAAGAAAUACAUGCUACGCUGGUGACGGUGCUUAUACCUUAUGAGAAGAAGUCACUUAAUCAUUCAACAUGAAUAGGUUGUUCAUAUAUUUUCUGACUUUGAAGUGUUCAAUAAUGCAAAAAAGUAAAAAAGAUAAGGACACAGGACAAGUCAAUAUAAUUUUUCAUCAAAUUCUUUAAAAAAAAGGUAACUUAGUCGCUGCAUUUCUUGUUAAGGAAUUCAUCGUUGUAAACAUGAGUAAAUUAACUCGAUGAAUCUCAUGAAAAUUGUAGGAGCUGUAUAACUAUCAAACAAAAUGAUUGACGCUGGUCCUCAUGCCAUUGGCACUUCUCUUUAUUUUACAUCGGUUUCUGUGUUUUAGAGUUCUUUUCUUUGUGUCCUUGUCGUGUGCAACUGGAUGGGAUUUUGCCCCUAGAAGUUCUUCUUGAGUACAUGUUCCAUUUCCGCUAGUUUAAGUUCAAUGUCUGUAUUCUCAUUAAGCAGAGUAGAUAGUAUGUGGAAGCAUUAUGCUGGCGCUGGUCCAAGACAGUGGCAAGGACUUAAGAAUCUUGUUACGAAGGCUGAGGAGAAAAUCUAUACUGUUGCUCGAAGCCAGGCAGGUCAUGCAAAUUGAUCAUACUAAAUGAAUGGAAAGUUGAAUAUAAACACUUAAUUAUUUUUCCCUUGUACCUUUCGGAAUUGCUAAAUGAGUAUGGUUUUCUCAUGCUUUGGUUGCACGGCUGGAUGUCAUGUAUUCUAUGGCAGUCAGAUUAUGUGGAGGAGAUGCAUAAGCAAGCAUCAUGUCCAUUCACAAAGAUGGCUACAAAGAUGGCUUGUGGACGAUCAAAAUACACCACCAGUGCUAGCAAAACCCCUCCUGAUGAAGUGGCACAUGGCAUGCAAUCUGAACGUCAGAAUCAGCAGCUCCAACAUCACCAAUUGAUGGACCAAAAGUGUCAGUUGCAAGAUAUGGCGCAAUCACAGCACCAGAACAUAAUACAACCAAGUCAGAUUGAAAGCUCACACUUCGGACUGCAGCCAUCUGCAACGGAGUCACCUCCUUCAUGUAGCCUUCAACAAAAUCAGGAGCCCUAUGUUCAUCAAGUGACACAACCAGUUCUCCAGCAUUCAUCCCAGUCGGAUCUCGGGCAGUCUCAGCGCCAGACAUCCAUUUCUCAAAAGACCUUAUUGCAAGACCCACAGCAGAUUCAGCAGCAACAGCAGCAGGUGACUGGACAACAGUUUGAUUUGCCAAUGAUUGGGCAACAGUCUACUGCAUCAAAUCUGAAACAGAACAUGCUGAUUGGCCAAUCAAACUGCAUUCUAGAUAUACAGGCUCCUGCUCAUCCUUCUCUACAAAUUGAUCAGCAAAAUAUGAUGACAUCUUCCGGCAUUUCUAGCAAGUUGAAUGUGGAAGAAAAACCAAUUGAACGGUUAAUUAAAGCGGUUACGUCAACAUCCCACAAAACUUUGACUGCAUCAGUUGACGAUAUUAGAGCUGCUGUUGGUGAGGAUCUGCUUUUCAUAACGAAAUGUUGUCUACGGGCCCAGAAUUGUUCCCCUCAGGCUGGGCCUACCGAAGCAAAGAGAAUGAGACACUCCACAAGUGUAAUGUCCUCUAAUGCAAAUGGCUUAGUUUUACCGGAGCUGGAGUCAACACGUACAUCAGGCCUUAGAAAACCAAGGAUUGAGGCAAGCCAUGCCCUUGUAGAUGAGAUUCAUAAACUAAAUAGGCAACUAAUUGGAACGGUGGUGGAGAUUAUUGAUGAUGAUGUUGAUGCAACUGAUUUAGCUGCCGCAGCUAACAGUGGUGAAGGUAUAAUAGUGAAGUGCUCUUUUGGUGGUGUCUGUUCCAGUGGAAAUUUGGAGUCACGGUACAUAUCAGCACAGAUGCCACCUAUUCAGCCCCUGUGGUUGCUUAUUCCGACAGAUUAUCCGAAUUCCUCUCCAAUACUGCUGGACAAGUUUCAUAUAGCUGUGAGGUAUGGAAACCUAACAAUUUCUCCAACUAAAGUUGGUGUAUUGUUAUGCUUUUCUCUUUAAUGUAUUUGGACAAUUACACCGCCUGUAAUGGCUAUAGUUAUAUAUGUGAGACAUGACAGAAAAUAGGAGUUGUGAGUCUUUCCAUGUGGGGGAUAUUCUUUGAACUCCCUGAUAAUCCCCUCCGCUAAAACACGUUCGGAUAAUCUUGCCUCUAUGGUUACAGCAUAGGAUGGGAUAACAUCAUCCAAUUUGAGUAGGUUUAGUUUAUGGUUGUGUCAUUGUGUGUAAAAUUUUGAUUACCCUCAACUAAUGAACAGUGAUUUUAUGAUUGUAUCUUCACUUGUAAAUAGCGAUGCAAAGUAGCCUUUCCUCUGGAAUAUUUCAUUGUUAGUUUAUGUCUCAUGUUGUGAACUUUAAUGAGCAAAAGUAUCCUACGAUAUAUCUCUUGCAGUAAAGUAUAUGAAUCUCUUUCCAUGAAGGCCAAAUCAAAGUUCAGUAGUUCUCUUGGAACUCUUUCGCAACCUAUAUCUCUCACAGAGAUGGUAAGAAGAUGGGAUUUUUACGCCCGCGCAGCUGUAACAGAAUAUGCGCAGGAGUGUGGUGGGGGGACCUUCAGCUCAAAAUAUGGAACUUGGGAGAAGAGUAACUUCUGUGUAACUUGUAGGUCAUAGCGUUCUGAUGUUCUCACUUCCCACUUGUAAAGGCUUGUAGUUUUCAUAGGAGGACCUGAGGUAUUAUUGAGCUACUACUAAUCUGGGAGGACUAGAAAAUCCCCGCAUUCUAGUCUAUCAUUCUUCACCAACUGCCUAGUCUUUUUCUCGGAGAGAAGUUCAUGUUCUUGUGGUAGUGCCAUUUCCCAUUUCCUAAUAGGCUUCAUAGUGUUCUCCGUUUGUAAAUAGACAAUACUCCGUGCGUGUAGUAGUUCAAUCGUAAAUAAGAGUCACGAUGUACAGAACACAAGUGUAAAUUUGCUGAUGCUUAUCUUUUGAUAAGUUGGUUUUGAAGCAAUACUAAAAUAAAUGAAUGCUGUUUCCAUC